AUGGCUCCCGCUCGACGCCACAUCGGAGCAAGUCGUAGGAAGAGACGGGACGAUGAGGGCGAGGAUGAGGGCUCACAAGUUGGAGAGAUGGACGAUGACUCUUUGAGCGAGGGUUCAGUCGACAGUCACCAGGAAGACGAAGACGCCGAUGGAGAAGUUAGCGAAAGCGACGAGGAAGCUUCGACCACGCUGGAUACGGACAAGCUCAACGACGGAAAGGUCAACGGCCGGAACCCGGGUCAGACUGAACGACACAGCUCGGCAUUACCUAGAAAACCAGCACUGAAGAUGACAGUCUCCGACACGGAAGCAAUGUUGAAUGGACUCAAGUUGUCUGACGAUGGUGAUGAGAUCAGUUUCGACCAGAUGGAGGAACAGCGAGACCUUCAAACGGGCCGAACACCGUCUGCUCCGCCCACGGAACCCAAGCGCGAGACCUUGGCCGCAAGGAAACGCCGGGAGCAUGAGAAAUACGUGAAGGAGCGAGAGCAAAACCCGGCCUUUGUGCCCACUCGGGGAAGUUUCUUCUUGCACGACAAGCGGACGUCAGAGGCGGGACCGAACAACCACCGUCCCUUCAACAAGGGAAAGUCGAGGCCUGUCGGGCUCAUUGUAGAUGGGAACUCUCGCAAAAACUCUACCUCCAAGCCCGACGCAAGCGAAGGACAAUGGACACAUGACCUCCACGAGACAGUUGCUGGUGAGAACCCAGCACCUAAGCCGGUGUCUACCGCAGCUGGACCAUAUCCAUCGGUUGCGAAUGUCCCGACCGCCCCUCGAUCUGAGCCUCCGAAUCGUUCGUUCUCCAGCACUACCUUGAUCGGCAAUGUGCCGGUUGUUGUCUUCCUACCGGGUAUGCCACAACCCAAGCAGUUCCCGGCGGUGCCCAAAAAGCAGCAUACUCGUCUCCCUCAACAUCGUCCUCCCUUGCGCCGUGACAAACCGGUGCGAAUCUCGCUUCCUGGCCAGCCUCCUCGUUACAUUUUCCCAUCUACUGAGCGUUCCUUCAUCUUUAUUCCCCGUGCAUUGCGACCGAACCAGCAGGGCUACCGAGGUCGGGGUCGAGGCGGUGGUUUCUACCCUGGCCGACGACCUAGCUAUUACAACUCCUACACCCCCAGCGUUCUCAGCGUCAGCAGAAGAUCCUCGCUUGGAAUGUCCGUCUCCCAAGAUGGCUACCCGUCACCGGCAGGCUCGGUGUACUCACGGCCUGCCAUGGUUGUUCCCGAUGCCAGUAAACCCGUCGUUCGCCUGCCACCUCCGCAACGUCCUCCCGUUGGCAUGCCGCCCACCGGACCUGGAGCUGGAAUGCCAUUAGGACCUAUGCCGCCCAUGCAAUUCCCACACUUUGCUUAUCGUGAAAGCCGCCCGGCACCUAUCCCCAUGCAUCAACCACGCCCUCAAAAGACUGUAUCGGUGGCCGAUAUCGAGAGCCCCGCCAGCUUCCCAUUCAACCCGCCUCAACCUCAGCAGGAACAGCCAUUCCACCACCAGGUUCCUAUUCCUGUUGCUGGCCCCGGUCAAGACCAGAUGACGCAGGGUCCGCCCAGCCAGGCCUCAGGAACUCCGCUUUCACAGAUUCCCGAGCGGGCGAUUCACGCCCAGCCCUUCCAACCAUACGGUUAUCAACCGCCGGGAUAUUACCCAGGCUACCCUCCUGGUGCCAUGUAUUAUCCUGGAUCUGGUCCUGAGUAUCCCCCGUACAAUGGACCGAUGGGACCGGGUGUUUCAAUGCCUAAUUUUCCUCCUUCUCAACAGCCCAUGCCGUAUGUUGUUACCCAGUCAUCGGGAGAACAACCCUCUCAGCCUGGUACCGUGGCUCAUGAAUCGGGUGGCACGGUGUACUUCUAUGAUGCCAACCAGAUGUACCCUGGCGGUAAUUACGGAGGUCAAGGCCCGGGGCAGGGGCCUGGAGGAGUUGUGGGGAUGGGAGGCAUGAUGACGCCUCCGGGUACCACGUAUUACUAUCCACAACCGCCUGGGGCCGGGGGAGGCAUGUAUUAUGGACCGCAGUGA